GUCAGUGAGAGACUUAUUUUUUAUGAAUUUUCUGGCUUGUUCAGAAUCUUUCACAUAACAACAGUGAUGUGAAAAAAUAAUAAGUGUUUUAAAUAAGAAACUACUAUGCCGUUAGCAAAUUCGGGUGAACCAUGGCAAAUUCAUCACGCCGAUUCAGAGUCGCAGUCUGGAGAUGGUGACGAUCCAAAUUCUUCAGAAACGUCGGGUCUAAAUGAAGGUGAACAUGAAAUCGAGCUUGGAGAGUUGGUUCGAGAUGGUCAUGAAAGGGCAGAUCCUUCUCAAUUUGAGCUCCUCAAAGUUCUGGGUGAAGGAUCCUUCGGGAAAGUAUUUCUGGCACGUAAAGUAGUUGGUGCUGAUGCUGGAACUUUAUACGCUAUGAAGGUAUUAAAAAAAGCUACUCUCAAAAUUCGAGAUCGCCACAGAACAAAGAUGGAACGAAAUAUACUGGUGGACGUAGAACAUCCGUUCAUAGUCAAAUUACAUUACGCUUUUCAGACUGAAGGAAAACUUUAUUUGGUUUUAGACUUCUUAAGAGGAGGGGAUUUAUUUUCUAGAUUAAGUAAAGAGGUUAUGUUUACUGAAGAUGAUGUAAAAUUCUACUUGGCUGAAUUAGCUUUAGCUUUAAACCAUUUACACUCACUUGGAAUUAUUUAUAGAGAUCUCAAACCAGAAAAUGUGUUAUUAGAUUCAGAUGGCCAUAUAGCACUAACGGAUUUUGGACUUUCCAAGUUACCUUUAGGGGAAGGAAAAGCGUACAGUUUCUGUGGGACGGUUGAGUAUAUGGCGCCCGAGGUUGUCAACCGACAGGGACACACUUUCGCUGCCGAUUGGUGGUCAUUUGGUGUCUUGAUGUAUGAAAUGCUAACAGGUGUUCUUCCGUUCCAAGGUGCCAAUCGCCGAGAAACAAUGAAUCAAAUUCUUAAAGCAAAGCUUGGAAUGCCUGCCAAUCUUAGUCCCGAAGCUCAAAGUCUCUUGCGGGUUUUGUUCAAGAGAAAUCCAGCUAACAGGUUAUGUUCUGGACCAGGGGGAAUUGAGGAUUUAAAAAAGCACGAAUUUUUUGCAACCAUCGAUUUUGAAUCACUAUUAGCAAGGAAGAAACGGCCACCUUUCCAGCCAGCUGUAUGUGGUCCCGAAGAUGCGUAUUUCGAUUCAGAGUUUACUAGCAAAACGCCAAAAGAUUCACCUGGUGUGCCUGCGAGUGCAAAUGCGCACGAGUUAUUUAGAGGAUUUAGUUUUAUAGCUCCGUGCCUAUUGGAAAACGGAAAUGUGCCAAAGAAAAUGGAAACCCCAGUAAAUUCAGUAAGAACAAGUGAUCGAAAUUUCUUUGAUGAUUACGUUCUAUUAGACGUUAUCGGAGGAGGUAGUUAUAGCGUUUGUAAAUUAGGUAGACAUAAAACCACCGGACAUCAAUAUGCUGUUAAGAUAAUAAAAAAAACCCUAUUUGACUGCCGAGAAGAGGUUGAAAUUUUAUUAAGAUAUGGUAAACAUCCUGGUAUAGUAACGUUAAAAACAGUAUAUGAAGAUGUAACUUCAAUUUAUUUAGUACUUCAAUUGCUUAAAGGAGGCGAUUUAUUAGAUUGUAUGAUGACGAAAAAACGGCUCACCGAAUUUGAAGCUGCUGCCAUAUUAAAAACUCUAGCUACAACAAUCGCGUACUUACAUGAAAACGGUGUAGUUCAUAGAGAUUUAAAGCCUGCAAAUAUUCUUUUUGCUUCAGAAGACUUCUCUCCUGAAAGCGUUACGAUCUGUGAUAUGGGUUUCGCCAAACAGUUAAGAGCUGAAAAUGGACUUCUGAUGACUCCCUGUUACACAGCCAACUACGUGGCCCCUGAAGUGUUAAAACGUCAAGGAUAUGACGCUGCAUGUGAUAUAUGGUCAUUAGGAGUCAUAUUGUAUAUAAUGUUAUCGGGAAAAUGUCCUUUUAGUACAACAGCUAACGACAGUCCAGAGAAGAUAUUACAGAGGAUUGGUUCCGGUAAAGUAGAUUUACAGAGCGGAAGAUUAGCCGAAAUUAGUACUGAAGCCAAAUUGCUCGUAACAGAAAUGUUACAUAUAUUACCCGAACGUCGUCCGACAGCUGCUCAGAUAGUGAAACAUUCGUGGGUGAAGCGUGCUUCAGCUUUGUAUCACCAACAUCACAAAAAACAACCCCACACGCCGGAUACUGGACCUGCAGCACAAGAACCUCAUCUGAAGGAGGCGGUCGCUGCAACCUUCAGAGCAAUAGCAACUUCACCUCAAAUAGCUCAUCUUGGUCCUGUAGCCAUGUCAGAACUGGCUAGGAGACGGUUUAGGGAUAAGGCUCUAAAUCGAGUAAGGGAAUCCAGGAAAGAGGAUUGCGUACCGUGAAAAGGUAUUUCGGUUCAACAAUUGUUUCAUCAAACUAAACUUUGUUUUAUGAAUAUGGUACACUUGAAAUAUUAAAAAUGCAUUUGAAAGAUUAGGAAGCGUAUUGAAGAGAUUCACUUCAACUCUAUUACUAGUACAUUUUAUGUGGCGCUUUUUUAUUACUUCAGUUAUUUGAUUUCUUAAUGUUCAACCAAACUAGUACCACAAUGAUUGUAUACAAUAAACUAGUAUUAUACAUUUUUAUAUAACUGUAUACAUGGUUCACAAGUACAAAUAAACUACAUCUGAAUCCACAUACAUACGAUGUUUUAAUCUAGCUUAAUGUUUGUCGACUGACUCUAAUGUCUAUUAGAUUUGUUUUUCUAUAUUUAUGCGCAGACAUAAAAGAAGCAAAUCUUCUCUUUUCACCUAGGACAGCUAUACGGAGUAUGUCCCAAAAGUAUCCGAUCUUCGUUCAUGACUUUAUAAUGUUUUAUUCGUCGCCGUCUAGCUCGUGGCAUCCUACUAAGUAAUUCCCAUUCGAUUUAAAUACACACUCCAACGGUUUUUGUAGUAGCCUUCAGUAAUGGCUCCACGGCGUUGUGAGGUUGCCUUUUAAGCAGCAUUUUAAGUUUUAUAAUUAUGAAUUAGUCGCAUGAGGCUGUAUCAAAAACUGUUGGGAUGUUAAUAUAUACAAGAUUAAUGCAUUAUGAUGAUGAAGAAACCAUUUGCCACUCGCGCUCGCGAUUGUAUUCGUGAUGGGCACUUUGUAAUGAUCUUUUUAACGAUAUUGUUAUCAUUACAAUUCUUUUUUGCUCACAUGUAAGCAUUUUUGGAAUAAACUUAACAUGCACGCGAGUCAUUCACAAAUUGUUGGUUAAAAUUCUCGAAAAUCAAAUGUGCGGAACUCGAAGACAGCUUUUUAAGUCAUGAAUCAUGCUUUUAUCUAUGUUUUGCUCAUCAUUCAUCUCUAAAAGACUUUUGCAUCCAUUGAUUAGUUUCUGCUUAACUUUUUUAGAAUUUAAAACGAAACUUUAAAUGCAACUGCGUUGUUCCCUCUUUCUGUCAUUUUCAGUUAUAAGGAAAUGUAACGGACGCAAAAAAAGGACUAUAAAGAAAAGCAUUAUAUUACAAAUAUAGAGGAGAGUAGAGCAACAUGCUUUGCCUCACCCUGCUCUAUAUUUAUUUGAAAAAAGUAUAUCUAAACUAUAUUCAUUUAACAGAAAAGUAGCGGUCAACAAAUGCAUGCACAGAACACGUGAAAUCUGAUGUUUAUAUAAUCGUACAGGGUUGUAUUAAGAUUCUAGUAAUCUAUAAAAUCUGAAUUUGAAAUGAAUGAAUUUAUAAUUUUUAGGAUUGCUGUUAAAAUAAUAGUAAUCAAUGAUUAAUCUUCCAAAGAAGUUAACUUAAAUAUUAGUUUUUGUAAACCGUCAUUCACACAUCAUUAGUUAAUUGUGGUAUUAAUCAAAAGGCAAAAAUUAGAAAGUUAUUUUAUACAUUUUACGCUUUAAGACCAAUAUUUGGAAAUAAGUAAUAAUAUUAUCAUUAAUGAUAUAAAAAGAGACCUCUUCUUGUGUAAAAGUUAGGGAAAAUACUUAUACAUAUAUUAUUGGGUAGAUAGACUUAUACAGUUAACAUUACAUUUACAUUAAUAAAUAAAAUUUAUUUUCGGAGUUUCGAUUUCGAUUUAACAUUUAUUUGUCUCAGCAGAAACGAAUGUGUAUUUAGAAGAAUUGUGACGUCACUAUUUUUGACUUUAAUGCCGGUUAUGUCGAAGAUGGUUCGAGAUAUCAAAAUGCCAUUUUCAGAUUUUGAUUCAGGAGACAAAACAAAGCGACAACGCACAAACGGAUACUUACAUACUUGUCGGAUGUAAAACGAAAGUUUUACAUGUAAUGUUUUAUAUGUAAUAGUAAAAAAACUUUUUACUAUUACAUAUAAGUAAUAUCGAAUUACGAAAAAUAAGUACUGGAAAACUACCUAGGUACAAUGAGUAAAAUGGGUUACAGCUUUUCAUUUUAAAAAUAUUCCAUUUUGUGUAUGUAAUUUCGAAUAAUUUCGUAUCUUUUAUUUAUCAUUGCUACUCAUUUCCACCUCAAAAGCUAGAUCCACCUUUAACCGGAUGGGGGCCUUCUUUAAGAGCCACAAUCUCUCUCUUGGUAUAAAAGAAAGAAUGUUGCAAUACAUCUUCUCUGUUCUUUUUUGUGGUGUUGAAUCGUGGACCUUGAACGAAGAGAUGUGCAGAAAAUUGGAAGCAUUUGAGAUAUGGCUAUAUCGAAGAAUACUUAAAAUCCCAUGGACUGACCGAGUCACUAAUAAAGAGGUCCUCAGAAGAAUGAAGAACCGAGAGGUACUGACCACCAUCAAAGCUCGAAAGUUACAAUACUUUGGACACAUUAUGCGAAAUAAAUCCAGAUAUGCCCUUCUACAAGCCAUUAUGCUAGGAUAAAUAUUUAGACAACGGGGUCCAGGAAGAAGAACGUCCUGGUUUAAGAACCUCAGAACUUGGUUCAACACAACAUCUAUGCAGCUUUUCCGCGGUUGGAGAUAAGGUGAAGAUUGCCAUGAUGAUCGCCAACGUUCGUCACCGAUGGCGCGUUUUUUUAUGUGGUUUCCCCGGUAGCCCUAAUCCACAAAUACUUAAACUUAGUGCAAAAUAUUAUUUCGAGGAACUUUUGGUUUCACUGGAUGUAAGCGGAAAACUUCUUAUUGCCGAUAUCUAUGUUACUGUGUUUUAACAAAACAAACUCGUUGAUUUGCCUGAGGAUGAGGCAAAUAUUGUAAGCCUCGAAAUCGGUCGCUGGAUGUAAGCGGAAAACUUCUUAUUGGCAAUAUCAUAUUAUUGUUUUUUAACAAAACAACCUCUUUGCUGGGCCUGAGGAUGAGGCAAAUAUUGUAAGCCUUAAAACCGAUCGCUUCUGUAAAACUUUGAAAGUAAAUAUUAGAUUGUGAGUAUUGACCUUUUUAAUAUAUCUGUUCAAUUAUGGACUCACACUUGCAACCCGUUUAUCAUCAUAAUAGAUAAUUAUUAUAAUAGAGUCAAAACAAUAUUAAAUUUACUAAGUUGAUAGAAAACAGCAAACACCUUAAAAAUGUUCACAGUUCUAAGUUUAUUUAAAUUACACUAUAAUUAUAAACCAACACUAUAAUUAUACUAACACACACAGAGCUAUAAGUAAAAAUUAUAUUUAUAUAAUUAAAUUCAACAGACAUAAAUGUGAUUCGUAAGGAUUACUGAAUCCAUAUCUGUUAAAACUGCAAAUUAAGCGUUUUUGUUUAGAGGUGUAGAUUGUCGUUACUUGUGAGUUUCUACUUGUUACUUUUGAUAUUAUAUAUAAUCAGUUAUAGUAUAAGUAAUUUUGUAAAAAAUAUAUACCUCUUCAGCAUCUCUAGAUUUUGGGAAUGAAUUGAUCACGCGUCCCUAGUGUUUAUAUUCUACUUUUCUGUUAGGCGAAUAUAAGUAUACAGUUAAAAAUAACAUUAUUUUUGGCAAACUCUAAAGAAGUCGUUUUACAUCAUGCUUAGGGUAAAAUGGCCCCGCCGAUUAGGUAUAAUGACUUGUAUAGUUAUUUUGUACAGAAAAAGUAAUAAAACAUUUCUAUUUACAAAAAUCGCAAACAUACAAUUUCUGCUUUCCAGUUACACCUGCACACAAUAAAUGCGGCCAUUUUUUGCACAAAUUGUACUCAAUACAAAUCUCCUUCGUCUGCGAUUUACUGAAUAAUUCCGUGUAAAGUAUACAGGCGGUGUCGUCUUCAUCAUCAUCAAAUCUCCGAUUUUCUUUCUUUUCUCUAUACACCUUGCUGCUUACAGCUUUCCUAGCCGUUUGUGAAGGAGGCUUUGGUGUUUUUUGUUUUUCUUUCAUAAACAAAAUGGUUUUAGGGUAGAAACAGUUGAUCCUUGCGAAAAUCUUGAAUUCCUUGUCUGAGGAGGUGCCUGAGAUAGUGGAUAUAUAUGUGUGUAGUUACACAAAUAUCCUAUAGACAUGAUGGAAUUUCAUUGUUUUAACGCCAUCUUUCUAUUCUGAAGUGCUAUUUAUAGUAACAAAGUGCUUCGUACAUAGAUGGUGCUAGUAGUGCUGAUUAUAAUAAAGAUUAAUGACGGUUUUAUGAAAAUUAUGAGAAAUAUGUUGGGGAUCUAUUUUACCCGACUUACCCCUACACUCCCGUCGAUAACUGCGGCAUACACCAAGAUCGUGAAUUACUCUCAGUCUAUGAUGGGGGCAUCAAAACGUUUUGGCACGAAUUUAUGAACUAAGGUCGGCUACUUCGACUAUUUAGGACAUAAAGUAAGUUGUUAAGAUUUAACGGAUUCACCUUUCUCUAUUUAUUAAAACACAUUUUAAGUAAUUGAAUUUGUAUUGUUGGCUUAAAACUAAUUGAAUUAUAUAAAUAUUUUUAUUUAUAAAUAAAGAACCAUAAUUUCAAGUGUAUUAUUUCAUAAAUGACCGUUCUUUUAUUAGAAUAGCAGAACAUUUUAUCAAAAACGUAUUGUAAUUGUGAUAAUUGCAAAUUAAAGGUACGAAAGGUUUAAAGUACACCUAAUUGUUUAUUUCUAGUCUUUAAAUAAGUUUAGUUUUAGACAAAAAAUGACUAUCAGUAAGUGCCAAAUUAAUAAUUUAAAUUCUUAAAGAGUUUAUAGUCGUGGUUAUUAAUUUUAUAUCGGUGUUUUUGCAAAACUCUUUAGUUCCUACAUACAAUAGAUGUUUCUGCUUGUCUAAAAACUUACCUGUAUUUCAAACUUAUUGUGACAGGUGGUAAUUUAUCCCAUUAAACUAUUCAAUAAUAUAUUUAACUGAUACUCCACGUUAGUAUGACGUAACGUUUUAAUGUUCAUUUUAAAACACCUUAUUUUGUUUCUACUAUCAUAUAUUUAUGUUUACAUGUGCAAAAACUAAUACAAAAAAAUGCUUUCAAAUAAAUUAAAAUGUAUGCUCAUAAAUGUUUUCAGAUGUUUUAAAGCAAAGGAAAGAUGAAACAAUACAGUUUUGCGAUAUUGGGCCCCUUAGGGCACCUAGGAAGCCAAAAAUUUGGCUAAAGGCGUUUCUAAAUAUAUAUUAUCUAAAUAUAUACUAUAAUAGAUUCAUAAUAGACAUUUUUGUUUAUAAAAAGUAUUAUUUACAUACAUUUUAACCAUUGUUUACAUACAAUUGUUUCUGUUCUUGCCACAGACAUAAGGACACUUGCCACAAUUUUUUUUACAGUUGUUACACAAAUCACUGGUUUUGAUAUAACAAGAGGAUGUUUUGCACUUUUUUCUUUCUCUUUUCCCCAUUUCUCUAGAAUUUGGAUGCACUCAAUAGGCUUUCUUGAUUUGCCGAUGAACCUGUGUUCGUUAGGCCCGUAGUUAGUUCUUCUACGAGAUCCAAGAUAAAAAUUUGCGACGUGAAAUUUUCUUGUCCGUGACAGCUUUGUAACGAGACCGGACAUUGAUUGCAGUUAAAUCCAAUAAAUUAUAAAAAACUUGCAACGACCACCGUCUUGAACUUGCUUUUACCGUGUACUUCUUUGCCAUUUGAUCGACACCAAAUUUAGCUUGAUUAUAAAAUUUUAUAAUUUCUGGCUUUUUAUUUCCUGCUUCUUCGACUGCUACUGACGAGUGACGUGUUGAAAAUAAAAUAACGUUUUUAUUUGCUUUACCUUUGUAACCAAUUGCAACGCAGUUUUUAUACUUGAAAGCUUUUAUUAAAAACAGCUCAUUCUUAUUUUUCAAGGAUUUUUGUAUUUCUCUUCGAAUUUUACGAACUGUUUGCCACAAUUGUUGUAUUAUUUCGUUCUAGCUCUUGAGUAAGAUGGAUAAAAGUAAAAAAAUUAUCAGUUAUUAGAUUUCGUCCUUUUUUAAGUAGGGUUUCAUCAGCUUCAACACUACAUGGUCAGAAAGUCUUUCAUUUGCGGGACGAGUGCCAUCUUUUCCUAAAUACGGAAAACCAUUAAGGAGAUAUCGAGAUAAUCUACAUCUACAGCCAGCCAGAACUUGAUUCCCAACUUAUCGGGUUUUUUAGCCAUGAAUUGUAUAAAUCUGCACCCCGCCUUUGUCGCCAAAAAUUUGUUUAUCAAUUGUUAUGUUUUCGUUAGGUAUAAAACAUGAUUGAUAAUUUAAAAUAAAUCGCUCCCAAACCUCUGAAAUUAGGCAAAAUUUAUUGAUCUGAAGUCUUUGGCGUCUGAUUGACCGGAUGUCAAAACGUAUAAAUGGCAUUAUUUUUAAAAAUCUAUCUCGAGACAUUGUCUUUGAAAACAGGUCUCCACUUUAUUGACCACAAGCUCUUCAAACUAAAACUGUUUUGCCCUAAAAUUCCACGAGCAUACAAAAGCCCGACAAAGCUUCAAUUUCUUCUAGUAUAAUAAUUUUUGUUUUUGUCUAGAUGUGGGUCCAGAAGGGUCCUUCAGAAUAUUUCGUUUAGCUGCUCUACCUCCAAGAGAAGUGUUCAGAUUGAUUUUUUCCCACACAGCACCAUCAGCAGAUGUUUCUGCAUUAAUGAUAGAUGUCCAAGGAUGUAAAAGAUCUUCAUUAUCACAGGCUUCAUUAUCAGAGUUAUGAGUGCUCUCAUCACUGGAGCUUCUCGAAGGCGGUUGAAAAUUUUUAUCGUAACUGUUAUCGCUGCCAAAAUUAGUUGCUUCAACUUCCGCAUUCUCUUCAUUAUUUCCUAGAACAUCUUGAACGUUAGAUUCAGUGUUAGAUAAUUGUUGUAUUUCUGUUAAAUAAUCCAAGUUUGAUGCUGAGUAAGACCACGACCACAACUUGACCACAUUUUUGAAAAUCAAUCUAAUAACAGACUAUAACCGACGGCUUUUAGACUAAUACUGCACAAAAAUGCCAAACUGACAAUAACUUAAAGACAAAUCCUAGAAUUAAUAUUCUUGGAAAAUUAUAUUGCCAAUUGAACGAAAUUUCCACGUAAAAGUAUUUACUACUUGUUCUUCUACGAAGUUCCUACGUAAAAGUAUUUGUGGAGUAACCCACAUAAAUCGAUUCGGGCCAAAAUGGCCAUUUGUCGUCCAUCUAGGGACAUUAUUUCGUAAUAGAAGAAUUUUAGAAAAACUACCAAUGUAUAGAACAGUUUAGUUUAGAAAAAGUCAAAAAACUACAAAGAUCUCCUUUAACUAAUUGAAAAGAUAUUAAACUUUGAAAAAGCAAAUUUAUGUUCACCACCACCUCCAAAUGUCAAAAUGACCACGUCCGUCUUUCUAGUUUUAGCACGACUUUUUCGUGCACAAUGCCAAUUUAUUAUCAUUCACCCGGCCACUUUUAGGUCGAAAUUGUCCAUGUUUGCUUUUGGAGACAAUAAAUUUACUUAUAGAACCAUUAUUGACCUCUUCUUUCAUGAAAUUAUUUACAUUAAAUAUUAAAUAUUAUUUCAUGACUUUGCGGAUUCCAAUUUUAAGCUUCAUAACUAAUUAAAAUCCAUUACGAGAAUUUGUUGCUUUAACUGUACUUCGGAUAUACACUAAAACACGUUCGAAAACAAACAGGUUGUUCCCAAUCCUGGCCCAUCAAAAUCCACUGCACAUCUCAAGGUCAAAGUCAAAGUGAAUUUGGGCAUUGUCCGUAUUCCGGUCCAUUCUGAAACAAAUCAUCCAUGAACCUCGUUCAUGGCCAAAGUUAUUGCAAUAAAACGUUAUAUUAAUGUAUUUGAAAGUGUGAGUUAGUACAUACAAUAGUUGAUAUUUAGUAAAUUCUUUAUAGUCUUUUCGAAACCUUAUUUGCUCAUCAAAAUGAUCUGCAAAUUGUUAUGAAAAGUUAUAUGAAGUUUGAAAUUAAUAUACAUAUUUCAAAACAAAUGCUCGAAAAAAAAAUGAAUCAUAAAAAGAUUAUCUACUUUGGUUGAGGUUACCGAAAGUACAAACUGAAUAUAGCCGCAAAUGUCAACAAUGAAAUUUUCCGGUUUGGCAGCGUUGAUGUUUUAUAAUGAGAGAAAGCUUUUAAAAAGUACAUUUGGUUAUACUAUUUUAUGAAUUCUGCAAUUUUUAAUUUAUAUGAAACAAUAACGAGUAUUGCAUUGGGUAAGAGUAUUGUAUAUAACUGCUGCAGCCUGGAAACUGCUGAUUUGACGAUUGUCAAACAUUGACAUUUGCGGUUAUAAUCAGUUUGUAGUUAUUAAAAGUAUUAAAAACGACUGUUAGAAGAAAAAUAAUAAAUACUUUUAACUAUUUUACUGAUGCAAAAACUAGUUCGACUCUGUCUUGCUACGAAAAAGCACUGAAAAGAAUUAAAUCUUCUCGGCAGCAAUUAUAUUACUGAUUCCAUCGUUUCGUUCGUAGUUUGAUUUCACCAAAUGAGUGGGCCACAUUCAAGACAUUUUGAACUGAGUCUACCUACGUCAACAAAACAUUACUGCGUAACGUUAUGAAUGAUGUGGAAUAUUAUAUAAUUUGCAAAUUAACAAAUCUGGCUUAUAAUAACACUUAAUAAUUUUCCUGAAACUUUAAAACUACCCUUCGUACCUUCAUUUUGUCUACUUUUAAUAAAGAUAAUCCUUAAAUCAUAAAAUUGAAAACAUAAAUAUAAUAAUUUUUGUGUAUUUAUUAUUGUAUACAUUUAUAAAAUAAAUAAAAAUAGGGUUAAAUAUU